AUGUACCGACUCUCCGAGUCCAGAGUUCCCGUGGGCGCAGGCGGGGACGCGGCGGACCGGCAGCCAGAUCAAGCGGUGCCCCGCGGCCCCACGCCCCCAGUGCGCCGCUCCAGCCGGGUGGACAAGCAGUCCGAGGCCCCGGCUCAGGCCCAUGUCGCGCGCGCUUACCUCUCCCCGUCGCCACGCGUGGGCCGCCGCCGCGCUCAGGCUCGCCGUGGUGGAGGCCAGAGCAGGCUUCCAAGAUGGUCGCUCACGGGGCGGGACCGACUGCACUUCCGCUUCCGGGGUGUGGGGGUGGCCGCUCUAGGCAGCGCUGGCGGACUGUUCCCUCGUUUCACUGUUACAGCCUCGAGAUAUGGCGCGACAGCAAUCUUAAAGUCUGGGCAUUUGAACGCGGCCGGCCGCGGUUUCGCGGGCCGGAUGCCAGGGCUCGCUUCCCGCAACCGGAGCGCCCUUCAGGCAGUCAGACGCUGCCAGCGGAGACACAGGCCACCUCCACUGUCAGCUGAGAAGGAACACCGGGAGGGGCUGAUGGAGCUGCCUAUCUCCUUCACACAGCUGUUCACCUUCUUCUGCACCGAUACCACCAUCCAUGGACCCUGCCACCUGGUCAGCUCCAGCCACAGCCACCUCUGGAAGGCAGCCUGCUGCUCCUGGGGGCUCUGGUCAUGUUCUGAUGAAAUCUGGGCCCCGGAGUCAGCCUUCCAUCUGGACCAAGGGCUCCGUCUGCAGAGGCUGAGUGAACCACGCAGCCAAUACAAAGUGGGGUUCAGACUGAGCAACAGUACGGGUGGCAACUGCUUCAACCGUACCUAGUCCUCAGCUGAGAGGGCCAUCCAGGAGUGGCACCAUUUCCACUACAUGAACAUUCUGGCCAACACCCAGGAAGACAGCCGCCAGAGCCACUUUGACCCCUCCUGCCAAAACAACCAACAAGAAUGCCCAUCUGGGAGCUUCAAGACCUUCCACCAUCCCAUCUACAGCAGUUGUUACACCUUCAACGAUAUCUUGGCAUCAAAGCACUAGGAUAUCACCAGAGGGAUCAUCCUGGUGCUCAGGGUAGAGCAGCAGGACCACCUGCCCCUGAUGUCCACGGAGGCUGGCAUAAAGGUCAUGAUCCACGGGCACAACCAUACGCCCUUUCUGGAGUCCCGCUUCCUGGAGCCCAGCAACUUCACCCUAAGCAUCCAAGAAGAAGAGGUCCACAGGCUCCUGAGCUCCUACGGGAACUGCGUGGACAGAGACGAGGACGUGGACCUGCCGCUGCUGUACAAUACGUCCGACACCAUGCAGGCCUGCGUGUUCUCCUGCUUCCAGCAGCUGACUAUCAAUAACUGCUCUUGUGGCUACUACCGCUACCCCCUACCCGCGGGGGCUGAGAACUGCACCUACGCUUAGCAUCCAGCGUGGGGUCACUGCUUCUAACGCCUCUACCCAGAACUGGAAACUCAUAGCCAGCCUUCCUGCUUCUCUUUCUGUCCCAGGCCCUGCAAGAGCAGCAUCGCCAAAGUGAACAGCAUCUACCAGGGACUCAACUACCUCAAGAUGAAGGAAAGGCUCCUAGUGAGCCGGCAGGCUGGGCAGGCCAAGCUGGGAGGCAGGCAGGGUGAGGGCCACCAUGUGCCAGGGGCCCUGCCCAGCUCACCAAGGGCCUCAUCACAGCCAGGGCCCAGCACGGUGGCAGGGGCACCCUAUGCCCAGAUGGAAGUUGGCCAGAUGCCUGUCAACUACCAGCAUGAGGCCAUGCCAGCUGCAAUUCCCACGGAAGCUUCCAGAGGCUCUGAUGGGAGUCUCAGCUAG